AAAUAUGCCUGCAAUCAUUUACUGUAAAACUAGUACAGUUAGCUUUGAAAUGCAAUAAUUAUCAUCAACCUCUGGAUCUGAAUGUUGUAGCGGAUAAUCACAUACUCCCAGUACUUGCAGCAGAUCUUUCUUCCGCAUCAAGGCCGUUCAGUUCAUCUGAAUGAUGAGUGAGUGAGUGAAGAGAAAUGGGUUUGAGCAGUAGCAAGCACAAUGCGCCUGGCCCAUCACCUCCUUCUUCUUCAUCGUCAUCUUCUGGAGCUGUUGUACGGAGGAGCCGAUCCACCAGAAGCAGAGUUUUGAAGUCGUCUUGUCUCCGAUCUCACCGCUCUGAUAAUGAUGAACCCCAGGUGGUCUCUGAUUGCACAAGUGAAGAAAAUGGCAAGACCGUCUCUUGUCCAAGUCAAAAUAAAUCUGGUUCUUGCCAAGUUUCAGCUGAAUGUUACAUGACAGAUAAAGCUGAGGAGAGUAAUGAAACGAACUGUAUGAACUCCGGGAUUGAGCUCAAUGAGUGGGGUGAAUCAAGCUUCACCAAUACAGUGUCUAGAGAAGGCAAUACUUCUAGGGAUUUCUCCUCUAGAUCACUGAAUCCUCCAAGUCGGUUCCUUUCUCGUUUCAGUUUCUAUCCUGGAAACUUAAGCUUCCGUCUAACCAGAGCAAGCAGUUUGGGGUCUGCAAGAUCUUAUCCUGCAUCUUCUACAGGUUUUACGAUUUCGCAUGAAGAAGAAGAAGAAGAAUGUGCUGGUCCUUCCAGUAGUUCGGUAAAUAGAAAUUAUAGGCCACAAGGUUGUGAUUUCUUUCCUGCUUGUUUCAGCAACAGAUCUCCGAGGACACGAGAUGAAGAUUGUACAUCUAAUUCAAGUCCUGAUCUCUCUGAUAAUUUUCAAGAUGGUCGGCAAUUAAAUUCUGGUCAUGAUGUCUUGAGGAGUAGAAAUGAUGCAAGAGUAGACUGUAGUCCAAAUUUAUUCUCUCCUAUAAAUCACAUUAACUCUGACGGUGCUGGGAUAAGACAUGCCGAAAGAAGGUUCACUGCCCGAGAACCUGUAGAACGAAAUGUUCGCUUUAGUAGAACUUUAAGUGUUGGUAGACUUCGUGACAGAGUUCUUCGCAGAACCCCUGCUGCUGAUAUGGAUUUAUAUCAUUUUCAACAAGACAGGGAAGUCGGACUUACUCGCCAUGUUACUGGGAGACAGGGUCUAGGCCAUGCAGAAACAGAAGCAACAUCUGAUGAUAAUAACUUCAAUCAGCAGGUUUCCUCUGAUAAUGUCCCAUCUAAUUUCUCUAACCCUUUUUAUGGUAGUCAAAGUUAUGUGUAUGAAACCCCACGUGCAAGAGAGACCAGGUACCGUGAUCUACUGGAACAUAGAUCAAAUUUUCUUGAACGCAGAAGAAGAAUAAGAUCUCAGGUGCGUGCGCUUCAGCGACUAGGAAGCCGCUUCGAGAACCUGUCUGUUCAUGAGAGGUCUUGCAUGUUAUCUGGUCAGCAUCGAGGAGGUCAUUGCAGUUGCCGCAGUGCUGCUCGAGAGGCUAAUUCAAAUGAUGAUGCUAAUGCUAGGGCUAGCAUAUCAAGAAUUGUCAUGUUAGCCGAGGCUUUGUUUGAGGUUCUGGAUGAAAUUCACCAGCAAUCUGUUGUUCUAUCCUCUCGGCCUUCUGUAUCUUCCAUUGGAUCCGUUCCAGCACCCAAUGAAGUGGUUGACUCCCUGCCUCUGAAGAUAUUUAGUAAAUCGAGAAAGAAGACAUGCGAUGAUGCUGCACAAUGUUACAUAUGCCUUGUUGAGUAUGACGAUGGAGAUAGCAUGCGGAUACUACCUUGUCAUCAUGAAUUUCAUAGAGCGUGUAUCGAUAAAUGGCUCAAAGAAAUUCACAGGGUAUGUCCGCUUUGUAGAGGGGACAUCUGCCGACCUGACUUACUAACUGCAGGGAGUUGAUGGCACAUUGUUUCACACUUACCACUUCUAAGACCAACCGCACAUUUGACAACUGAGAGAUCUCCAUCUUGGUCAUAGUCAAGUUUAUAUCUGGAUAACGAUGGGUCACAAGCUCUGUAUUGCUGCUGGAAUUCAUCAGUUGCUCCGUAUUGAUAGUUUUGGCUUUAUAGUGACAAAAAUACCUCCUGCUUGAAGUUUUGAAGUUACACAUUGAAGGUGUUUAUUUUGAACGAGUGUUCUUUAACAUAUAUUUUCAAAAAGGGUGCUGUUUCUUUUAUUUGCA